CCCGCCCCCUCCGAGUUGUUGUCUUGCUGUGGCCAUUUUACACAGUGUUCCGUGAAAAAUAAAACACUCUUCUCAUCUGGGCUUCGACGUGACAUUAAGAGAACUAUUGUUGGUUACAUGUGGCACUGGGUGUCCAAUGCUGUAACCAACUAGAAAAAAGGCAGACAAGGAAGUAAAUCAUCAUGGACUAUGAGCGGAGCAGGGGUGGGCGAGGUGAUCGCACAGGUCGCUAUGGUAAUACCCACAACGAUCAUAACUUUCGUGACAUGGACUACCGAGGCUAUGGCCAGGAGGAUGAGGAUGCAGGAGCAGGAUAUGAUGUCAGAGCAGAGGAGGACAGACUAUAUGGCCAUGAAGAGCAAUCGCUGGGUGUCCAUGACUUUUCACCAGGUCGUCUCCAGGACCGUCCGGGGUUUCACCAGAGAGGAGAGGGGUGUGGAGGGAAAGGGCUCCUGUGGCCCCCAUGCGCUCAGUCUCUGCCGGAUUUAGUCCCUCCAUUGCUUCAGAGAGAGGAAGAGGGAUCCAGGCAGGAGUUCGAGCACCUAUUGACUGGUCGGCAGGAAAGAGGUCGGGGGAAAGGUGGAAGAGGCUUUCCUGAGAACAGUACCCCUCAUUCAGGGGGUAGGGAUGGCAACUGGGGUUGUGGUGGGGCUCAUUCAGAACAGAUGGAAUACAAUACUGCGAGACAGAGAGAGGAGGACAGGUUCUCCCGUGCAGCGGUCAAGAGGAGGGCCUUUCAAGUGGGGGAAGAGGAGAGAAGUGCUGCUCCAGACCUGUCCCUUGAGGAGUUGGACCAGGACUACCGUGCAGAUCUAGACAAUAACCAAAGGCCAAGCAAUAUCAUAAUGCUUCGCAUGCUGCCACCCAAUGUCACCACAAAUGAGAUCCGAGCGCAACUUCAGGAGCAGGGGAUCCAGCCAAGAGAGGUUCGUCUCAUGAGAAACAAAUCCUCAGGUCAGAGCCGAGGAUUCGCCUUCGUCGAGUUUAAUGUCAUACAGGAGGCCACCCGCUGGAUGGAGACCAACCAGGGAGUACUGUUGAUUCUGGGACAAAGAGUGUCGAUGCACUACAGUGACCCAAAACCGCGUGCCAAUGAGGACUGGCUCUGCAACAAGUGCGGUGUGCAAAACUUUAAAAGGAGAGAGAAGUGCUUCAAAUGCAGUGUGCCUAAAUCAGAGGCUGAGCUGAAGUUGCCCCAAUUGCAGAGGGAUUUGCCUGUUGGUCUUCAAAAGGAGGGAGCCCAAGGCUUAUUGCCAUUGCCAGCCCCCUACCACUCUUCUGGUCCUACUGUCAGUCCAGGACAGUCUACACAGCAGACGGAUGUGGCCAAUGACACUCUGAUACUCAGAAACCUCGGCCCUCAUACCGCAGUGGAAACUAUCUUAUCUGCUUUGGCUCCAUUUGCCACUCUCUCCCCCUCCAAUGUUCGCCUAAUCAAGGACAAGCACACACAUCUCAACAGGGGUUUUGCCUUUCUACAGCUUUCUACAAUAGUGGAAGCAUCUCAGCUGCUCCAGAUCUUGCAGGCUCUCCAGCCGACUCUCUCCAUUGAUGGGAAAGCAAUCGUGGUGGAGUUUGCCAAAGGCUCCAAACGUGAUGUGUUCUUGACAGAUGGCAGCAGAGUGAGUGCUGCUACAGUGGCCAGCACAGCAAUAGCUGCUGCACAGUGGGCUGUCACGCAGACUGCUCAGAAUGGAUCGGGUGUAAGCCAGAGUAUAGAUACACCAGUGUAUCAGCAGGGGGCAGCAGUAACAUACAACCAGGAAGGGAAUGAAUACUCUGGGCUAGAUGGCACCACUUUCAAGGCCCAGGCAGAUGUCAGGGUUGCUGCUUUACCUGGUGCAGGAGCAGCCCAGAUGGGGGCAUACACAGGAGGAGCAGCCUCAGCUGACAGAGUGGCAUCUGGAUCAGCAGUCGUGCAGCAGCCUUAUACUCAUACACAGACUGCUCUCAUCACCACAGCUACCACACCAGUACAGGUUGAGAUAGUGGGAAAACCACAACCUUGUCCCGGCCAACCUGCGACCCCAGGCACGGAAAACGAGCUCCAGCAAUACCCUGUGCCAGAUGUGUCCACAUAUCAGUAUGACGAAAGCUCUGGCUACUACUACGACCCUCUCACAGGCCUCUACUAUGACCCCAACUCCCAGUACUACUACAACCCUCACAUGCAGCAUUACAUGUACUGGGAUGGAGAGAAGCACACCUACAUUCCUGCUGCAGCUGGCCAGUCAAACUCUGAAGGUGCUCCCUCAAGCAUGGGCGAAGCCCCUUCAGACUCACCGUUUGCUACGCUUGGCAAGGAGAAGAAAGACAAACCCAAGAAUAAAACUGCUCAACAGAUUGCAAAAGAUAUGGAGCGCUGGGCUAAGAGUCUCAACAGACACAAGGAGAACAUGCGUUCCGUCUCCUCCUCCCCUGCCGUCGGCUCCACAACGCUUCCACCUGGUUACACUCGGGCACCGGGCCACAGUCGCCUCGAUGACCGCCGAGAAUCUGCUAGUGCUGACGCAGGCUAUGCUGUUCUGGAGAAAAAGGGUGCACUGUCUGAACGGCCUCAGAUCUUUCUGGACCAGAUACGACAAAGUGUAGAACGGUCCCCUCCUCAGCAGCAGGGUCUGGUCCCAGCCUACAGUGGAGAAACUGACAGCGAAGAAGAAGGAGGUGACAAAGAAGAGAAGGAAGGGAGAAUGACGGACUGGGUUAAACUGGCCUGUCUGCUGUGUCGGAGGCAGUUCCCCAGCAAGGAGGCCCUCAUCAGGCACCAGCAGCUCUCUGAGCUGCAUAAGCAAAAUUUGGAGCAGAGACGAGUACAGCAGGAAUGUUCAGGGAAAGAGCGACUUUCGGAUGGACCUGAGCCUCUUGAUCCUAAAAGAAGGAAGUUUAGCCCCAUUGACGCGAUCACGGGUAGUAGUCUUGGUGCCAGAAUGCUGCAGGGAGGAAUGAAGAAAGGGCUUCUAUUGCGCAAUGUGCAAGUGGACUGAGCCCUCACCCUGAAAUCUCAACUUCCUCACCCAGGACAAUGACAAAGCUUAGCACGCAACACUUCAUCAUUAACGUCACAUAGAUAAACCUCUUAAUUUUGGUUUGUAAUUACAAUUACCUCAAAAGUGGUAAUACACUCAUGAACUGAUCCUGUAGCAGUGGAUGUCAGGAUAUUGCACAGAUUGCACUUUUUUUGCUUUCUUCUUGAAUGAUGCAGUUUUGUGUUCUCACGUGCUUCAGAGCUUGUGUGUGAUAAACAAGCCUUAUGUGGUUAGGGAACAUUUGGGAUUUUCUAAUAUUACUGUCUAUGCACCAUAGAUUUUUUUUAAUUUAAUGCUAUACGCCUUGUCAUUCAGUGAAUGACUGAUCUGGGCAUGGACUAUACAUUUUAGAAGAGGUCUCAUGAACGGGACAGGGUCACACUAAAACUAGUGUGUACAUGAAAAGUGUGUUUGUCAUGUUGCACAUAUUAAUUCCCAAUGUAAUACAUCAUUAUCUCGAGAAAGUA